UCUCACAGUUAUAUCCAGUCCCACCAGUUCUCCGCGCUCUGUGUUUCUUCUGGGUCCAGUUCUCUGAGUGUAUAGCAGCAGGUCCCAUAAGAGGUUCUUUAGCCGGUGACAUGGACGGUGCUGACAACCCCCGGACCCCUCUGCUGAGCAUCGUUCAGAAGUCAUUCUUGCCAAAGACCGUUUCAAUCACUCUGAAGUGCAUCCUGGUGGGAAUAAACAUUACCAGCAUUACUAUUGGAGUGUUCUAUAUAAAUGGCUGCCCCGGGCAGUACCUCAUCCCGUACUAUCUCAUCAUAACGGGGUUGGCAUGUCUCCUGUACCUCUCCAUGACCUGCCUGCCAUGUAUAGAUGAAGAUCAGGUCACCUGGGUCAAUUUUGCCAGUCUUUGUGCUCAGGGUGUAAUUCUCCUGUUCCUCUUCGCUUUCUUCAUAGCAGGUAAUGUAUGGAUCUAUUCUCUAACCCAUGAACCCUGGGAUGAACCGUCAAGCUUGAAGCGCUGUAACCGGGUUCUGUACCUGUACGCUUUCUGGACAAUCACCCUGGUCCACCUCUGCUUUCUGAUCCUUCUGUGCACCUACCUCUGUAUGCUGCUAGGUUUCCUCAUUCUGAAAAGGUCUAUUUUUGGGAGUGGCAGUAACUAAACCCUCUUGACACAUAUUGUACAGGGACUGUUUUUGUCUUUUUGUGAUCAACUAUGUUCUCCAGAGAGAGAAAACUUGGCUGUUCAGGGACAAUGAGUCUUGUAGCAGCCGAUCCGAAUCUAUUCUUCAUGUGAUCAGAUAUUGUAUCGGUUGUUAUACCAUGUGGUUUCCUUAUCACAAGACCAGCGUACUUACUAUUUACAGGUCCUUUCUCUCUGUACCGCCGUCCGGACUGGUGUGCUCUUCUCUUCUGACUCUGUUGUAAUAUGCUGCAUCUAAGAAUAAAACCAAGUACCCCCCACACA